GUGAAGGGGAAUGGCGGACGGACCCACAGGGGCGGCCCUGCCACUAACCACAACCACUGCGCUAAAACCCAAUUUCAAAAUCGCACCCAAAUUUCCAAAAUCUCUCUUAUCUUUACCCAAUUUUUAGGGGCGGGAUCGAUUGGAACGCCAAAAUUCAGCGGUACGUCACUUCAGGUGUGGUAAAAACCAUGUCCUCCGCCUCCGCUGCCACCGCCGCCGCCGCCGAACGGCACACCUACUGGUGCCACGAGUGCGAUAUGAGCGUCACUUUGGUAUCUCCUUCUUCGUCUUCUUCGUCUUCUUCGUCUUCUUCUUCUUCUUCUUCUUCCUCUCUCCUUUGCCCUCACUGCCUCACUGACUUCCUUGAACACAUGGAUUUCACCAUACCCACUUCUUCUUCUUCAAUUUCCGACCACCCCAUUUCCUCUUCUUCCCCUCCAGAUUCCGAUCCGUCAUCCUUCGUCAUCGUCGACCCUCUUCCGACCACCUCCGAUGACAAUUACCUCCUCAGCAGCCCCCAAUUCCUCCGCCUUUUCCAGCAGCUCGCUGAUUCAUCCGACUCCGAUUUCGCACCAUCUGUACCCUUCAACCCAUUUACUCCGAUCAAAGCCUCUGUCAUGGCGAUUCCCACGAUUAAAGUCUCCUCCGCCAUGCUCGAGGAAGACCCAAUUCUAAUUUGUGCUAUUUGCAAGGAUAAGUUCCUUCUUGAGGUGGAAGCCAAACAGCUCCCCUGUUCUCAUCUCUAUCAUCCUGAUUGCAUUCUUCCAUGGCUUUCUAAUCAUGAUUCGUGCCCUCUUUGCCGCUAUAAGCUUCCUUCUGAUGAACCUUCGGAUCAUGUGAGAUGUAGAGGAGCAACUAUGGCCUUAUUGAGGGCUAGGGACCUGAUGCCUCAAGAAGAUAGUUAUGGGUUGAGGACUACUCUUGAACAUAUGGCUAGAAGGCAUAGUUCUAUUUUUAGUGAAGGAGUUCAAGUGGAUUCGUCUCAAUCUCCCACUCAGUUGGGGGUUGCUGUGAUGGGAAAUGGGGAACAGACUGACAGUGUUGAGACUGUUUCUAGUGUGGCUACUGAUGAUGGGAUUGUAAUUGUCAAUAGCAGUGGUGAUGAAAAUGGGUUUGUGGUAAUGGAUGGACCAAUAAAUGAGGAUGCUGGCACCUUAGCUUAGGAUAUUGGAGUUUCUCCUUCGAGUUUUGUUUCUGCAAAUUUGAGGUAAUGUAAUAGGAUAUGGUUUGUUAGAGGAAUCUUAGAGAGGUACCACAAGUAGGUGAUUGAUUGGAAGUGUAAAUUGCUACAGAGAAGGACUCUGCUUCUUCUUCUUCUUCUUCUUGUUCAUCUUUGGUAACAAUGUCUCUGCAUAAUAAGACUUGAACCUUAUUUACAGUGUUAUCAGCUGCCAAUGUUUCCCCAUUCUCUGUUUCAGUCAUGGUUUGAGUCAAUGAAUAUACAUCUAUAUCCAUCUCUCUUAUAAAGCUCACCACUUUGAAUACUAUUUUGAUCCUUUCGAGCUUGUUCGUGUAAUAAAUCUUAAAAUUAGUCUUCAUCUUCA